CACGCAUUUCCUGUUUGUUUCGUUGAAUUAUGAAUACGCCUUUACAAUUACAAAAUUUGUGAAGAAAAGUAGAAGGUAGAAGUAAAUUGAAAACAUGCCCGUUUUUUUUUUUCAUUCCGUGUACUUCAAGUUUCAAGAUUUUAUUGCUUGGAGCGCUCUGUUGGAGCAAAAGUGGCGGGAACGGGAAAGUAUUGCGCUUUAUCCAGAAAGCGUGCUUGUGAUGGUUUCUGCCGACGAAUUCAACUAAACAGUUAUUCACUUGUAUUUUGCUCACAAUUGUAAAAAUCUCUCAAGCCUUUUAUUCAAAUUCUUAUACAAAUCGAUACGGUGCACAUUUUGAAAGAUGGGUAUUCUUGGUUUAUCGAAAAUCAUUGCCGAUUUGGCUCCAGGUGCGAUUAAAGAAAAAGAGCUCAAACAUUAUUUCGGACGAAAAGUAGCUAUAGAUGCUUCCAUGUGUCUCUAUCAAUUUCUUAUUGCUGUGCGCUCUGAAGGAGCUCAACUCACAUCCGCAGAUGGUGAAACAACCAGUCAUCUCAUGGGUACCUUCUAUAGAACAAUAAGAUUGGUAGAAAAUGGAAUAAAGCCAGUAUAUGUUUUUGAUGGUAAACCACCAAACUUGAAAGGUGGCGAGUUAGCUAAACGAGCUGAGAGAAGAGAUGAGGCUCAGAAAGCUCUGCAAGUUGCUGAGGAAGCUGGCAAUGUUGAAGAUAUUGAAAAAUUCAAUAGACGCUUGGUGAAAGUAACCAGCACUCAUGCAGAUGAAGCAAAACAGCUUCUGACGCUCAUGGGCAUCCCUUUUGUGAAUGCGCCUUGUGAAGCAGAAGCUCAGUGUGCAGCUCUCGUAAAAGCGGGUAAAGUUUAUGCGGUAGCUACAGAGGAUAUGGAUGCUUUAACCUUUGGAAGUAAUGUCUUGUUGAGGCAUCUUACUUUCAGCGAGGCAAGGAAAAUGCCUGUUCAAGAAUUCCACUAUGACAAAGUUCUUCAAGAUAUGGAACUCAGUAGGAACGAGUUCAUAGAUUUUUGCAUCAUGCUUGGAUGUGAUUACACGAACUCAAUAAAAGGUAUUGGCCCAAAGAGAGCAAUAGAACUAAUCAAGGCUCAUAGAUCACUCGAAAAAAUAAUAGAAAAUUUGGACACGAAAAAGUACCCUAUACCAGAGGAUUGGAAUUACAAACAAGCCAGAGAACUGUUCACUAACCCGGAAGUAAUAGAUCCUGAAGAGAUUGAGUUAAAAUGGAAUGAACCAGAUGAGGAAGGUUUGGUCAAAUAUUUAUGCGGAGACAAACAAUUUGCCGAAGAUAGAAUAAGGAACGGAGCAAAAAAAUUACUCAAGGCACGCAAUACAUCGACGCAAGGUCGUCUCGAUACGUUUUUCAAAGUUCUCUCGACUACAACCCCAACGAAACGUAAAGCGGAGGAACUGAAGAAGGGUCAAGCUAAAAGAGGAAAAGCGACUGGGAAAACGCGCGGGAGACCAAGGAAAUAAGGCGUCCCGAUUAUGACCUGGUUCGAAUUUCUCUGUUAUCAUGGAGUACCAAACAUGCUUGGUCAAUUGUCCAUUACUCCGUAAGCUUUUAUACUCAUCUCUGACAAAUCGAUCAUUUUCAUUAUGUAUUUAUUCGAUAAAAUAUAGAUUAUAAACAUUUUUUGUUUCAUAA